AUGGCGCUUUCGCGAUCUUCAGAAGAGGCCGAUGGUACCUCGAACGCGACUCCGGCUACCUCGCCACGCGCGAGUGAGAGUAAUUCGGAGGAGGAUACUCUCGAUGGAACGAACCCAAUCUCACAGAUCACUUCCCAGUCAUCGAACUACCUAGGUCUGGGCUGUCUUGUGAUAGAAGGGCCUGCUAACAGCGAUUCGCCGAGGAUCGACAAGUGGCAAGGAGUUACAUCAGCUCUACUGGCAACGUACAACACGCCACUCGCCUCAGACCUGGACAGACUACUGCAGGCCGGCUGGAUUCGUCUAGAACAGGGUGCAGAGUCAAGUUCAGUCGGCUCAUGGCUUGUGCUGCGGCUGUACGUUCUUUACACAGACGUAGCAAGAUUCGUCAUCGAACGCAAGAACACUCAGCUAUCGACGUCCCUUAUGAACAUUGUUCAACACAUCAACACCUCAUCGGAACUAUGGAAUGGAUAUUACGACCCUAGUUCUGUACGGAACUUCGACAUGUUUGCAACCCGAGACUGUGACGAUUCAGGCCUGUACUAUAUGUUCAACAAGCUUCCAUCACCAUCGCCCGAUCCAACCCUCGUUCGAGACAAGUAUGAUCGCGAAGCUCUAGAGGAUCUCCUAGAUUGUCGGUCCCGGCUUCGUGGAAUGAACACCAACCUAUACCCGUAUCAACGACGCUCGGCAGGGGCCAUGCUGCAGCGAGAAUCUGCUACGAGGAAAAUAUUAGAUCCCCGUCUGGAACGACGUGUUGCAGCCGAUGGAUCAACGUUCUACUAUAACGCUCGGGAGUUUGAGUUUCGCAAGGAUCCUGAGUAUGCUGAAGCGUGUCGAAGUGGUGUGUUGGCAGAAACUAUGGGAUAUGGCAAGACUGUUAUGGUUCUUGCGCUGGUCUGUGCGACCCGCGGACACUACCCACAGGUACCUGUACAGUAUUCACUGGCAGCUGUCCGACCGGUGACUGGAAGCUUGGCCGACAUGGCGAUCUCAGCGAUUAAUAGAACAUCUGUGCCCUGGAGAGUAGAGUUCGACAGGGUUAAACACCACUCAGGCGACGAGCUGACCAGAUGCGAACAACUUCUUCGAAGUACACCUGCAACUUACGACGUCCCGGUAAUACCAAUCAGGUGGAGCCGAACCACAAGAUCACCACCUCCACAACGUAUAAUGCUAGCCGCAUCUACACUCGUUGUUGUUCCUCGGAAUUUGUGCAAACAAUGGCAGACGGAAAUUACAAAGCACGUAGAAGAUGGAUACCUCAAAGUGCUCGUUAUGGACGACAGAAAGAAGGCGCUUCCAGUCGCAGAAGAACUGCGCGAGUAUGAUGUUAUACUGUUCACUCGCAGCAGAUUCGAUAUGGAAAAUAAAGAUGGCGAAGAUCGUGACGGGCGUCGGGUCGUAGGCUCUUUGGUGUGCCGCUGUCCAUACAUCGGCGCCACUCGCAAGAGGGACUGCAACUGUGUCCGGGAAGAUAUGGUCUACGACUCGCCUUUGAAGCAUCUGCAUUUCAAGCGGUUGGUGGUGGACGAAGGACACUUCUUUUCUGGCAAGAAUACCAACACUGCGAUCGUUGCGAACAGACUCGUCACUGCCGACCACAAAUGGAGUGUCAGCGGCACGCCCGCCAAAGACCUCCUUGGCGUCGAGGUCGAUGUUUCGACCAUGUGGAACGCUGGCGACGAUCUGGAUGAGAUGUUGGAGCAACGCCGACGAUUCAAUCUCAAACUAGAUGGCAGUGGUGCUAUUGAGAGCUUAGGAUCCUUAUCCAGCAAUUUUCUCAAGAUUGCGCCUUGGACAUUGAGCUCGUCCGCAUGGAAAGAUUACGUUUUUCGACACGAAAGUCACAAACGUUACACAUUCUCCGGAUUUUCCCUUUGUCUGCAACAGACGCUGAGGGAUCUAGUCAUCAAGACACGGCCAGCGGACGUCGAGCGUGACCUCAAAUUGCCGCCACUAACACAUUCGAUCAUCAGACUGGAACCGUGUGGAUUCGACAAGCUCAGUGCCAAUCUCUUUACCCUAGUAUUAAUGGCCAAUGCAAUCACCUCAGAGCGGAAGGAUGCAGAUUACCUGUUCCACAAGGGCAGCGCGAAGGAGCGCUACCAGUUAGUGUCGAACCUCCGUCAGAGUGCCUUUUUCUGGUCCGGAUUCAGUGAAUCCGACGUGCAGGCCAGCAUUGACAACAGUACACGAUAUCUCGAAGAAGAGAGCACGACUUGCACCGCAGAUGAUAGGAGACUGUUGCUUGACGCGGUAGCCUGCGCCAGAGUGGUGCUGGACUCCGGUGGGUGGAAAGCUUUAAGCAGGUCCCAUGAGCUUGGUCUUUAUGUUGACCAAUGGCCAAGUGAAAGUGCUGAGCAUUGGACCUUUGAUGAACUCGACCGCCCUGUCAUAACUGGUAUAUCACAGCUACUUGAAGCACAAACAUUCGUGGAUCAACGCCUCAACGAGCCAGACCCCGGAGAAGGUCUGUCAGGCGCGGGCAUUAAGGCACUAGCCACUGCUAGGUCUAAUGGCAACAAUCUUGAGGACCAGCCCACAGAAGACCGAAAGCCAGUCUUGAACAAAGCAGGCUUGCCGCAGUCGAGUAUCGACGGUGAGCCGAAGCUAAAAAGACAGAACGCGAAGAACAUGUCUGCAUCAUCUAGAUCGUCUAGAUCACCCGGAAAGCCCAGGCAGACUGCGAUGCCGCAUCGCGUAAGAAAAGCGCGUACGGUACCUUCUGACCAACCGGAUCAGACUGAGACAGAUCCUCUACCGGAUGACACUGUUCCCGCGCCAGACGGCGAUAGAAAGAAACUUGCCCCCGAUUCCCUUUACGCCAAGGCUCGUAUCAUAGGGACUACUUCCGCGAAACUCAGCUAUCUACUGGACCAGAUCUUACUGUAUCACGCUGAUGAGAAGAUACUGGUCUUCUAUCAAGGCGACAACAUCGCUUACUACAUCGCGCAAGCUCUGGACCUGCUGCACAUCAAGCAUGAGAUCUACGCCAAGAGUCUGCAAAGUCGCAUGAAGUCCGAGUACAUUGUGAAGUUCGACCAAGGAAAUGAGACUCGUGUCCUGCUCAUGGACGUAGGACAAGCUGCCUUUGGCCUGAACCUCUCAUCAGCAUCACGAAUCUACUUCGUCAAUCCUGUCUGCCGGCCAAACAUUGAGGCCCAAGCAAUCAAGCGAAGUCACCGCAUCGGCCAGACGCGCAGUGUUGUUGUGGAGACUUUAGUGUUGAAGGGGUCACUGGAAGAACAACUGCUGGAACGAUCGCGAAGAAUGACAGCAGACGAACAUCGAGAAGCGAAGACACUGGAAGAUGACGAUGGAAUCAAAGAGAUCAUACAGUCAGCCCGUCCUGUUCGAAUGUCACCGGAAGAACUUUCAGGCAUUGCUAUGAUGGCUCCAAUGGCAGAGCCGCAGCAGCUUUGGGGCAGGCCAGGCGGUCCUUCGCCUCGUAAAAGAAAGCGGGCGGCGAGCGAUGGAGGCACUACAGAAGUCCACAAGCAGAAGAAGAGGAAAGGCGAAGAUGCUGUGCGUUAA